AUGUCUCGGCAGUCCAUCUGCAGAAGCUUCGGCGGAGGGAGCAGAAGGGGCUUCAGCUCCUGCUCUGCUGUCGGCUUUGGAGGCAGCGGGGGCAGGAGCAGGAUCAGCUACAGCUCCUUCUCCAGCUGCAGGGGCGGCGGGGCCGGGCGCUGCGGGGGCUUCAGCAGCCGCAGCCUGCACAACCUGGGCGCCGCCAGCAGGGUCUCCGUGGGAGGCUCUUACGGCUACGGCUGCAGGGUCGGCGGCUUCGGCCCGGCCUGCGGGGCAGGGUUCGGCGGCGCCGGAGCGGGGCUGCUCGGGGGGGGGAUGGGCAGCUUCGGGGGGCCCGUGAGGUGCGGCCCUGCCUUCCCCGGGGGCAUCCAGCCCGUGCAGGUGGACCCCAGCCUCCUGCGGCCGGUGCGCGUCGACAUCGACCCCCAGAUCCAGCAGGUGAAGUGCCAGGAGAAGGAGCAGAUCAAGACCCUCAACAACCAGUUUGCCUCCUUCAUUGACAAGGUUCGCUUCCUGGAGCAACAGAACAAGGUCCUCGCCACCAAGUGGGAGCUCCUCCAACAGCAAGGACCUGCAGGGCCCAGGAAGAACCUGGAUGUCAUCUUUGAGAACUACAUCCAAGGGCUGAGGAGGAGGCUGGAGGGGCUGGUGGGACAGAGGAGCCAGCUGGAGUCGGAGCUGCAGAGCAUGCGGCAGUACGUGGAGGAGUACAAGAGCAAGUACGAAGAAGAGAUCAACAGGCGAACAGCUGCCGAGAACGAGUUUGUGGUGCUCAAGAAGGAUGUGGACUGUGCCUACAUGACUAAGGUGGAGCUGGAAGCCAAGGUGGGAGCCCUGACCGAUGAGAUCAGCUUCCUGAGGUGCAUCUAUGAGGAGGAGCUGGCUCAGAUGCAGACCAUCAGCAGGGACCUGUCUGUGGUGGUGUCCAUGGACAACAACCGGCACCUGGACCUGGACUGCAUCAUCGAGGAGGUCCGGCGGCAGUACGAGCAGAUAGCUCAGAACAGCAGAGCUGAGGCUGAGGCUUGGUACCAGAGCAGGUAUGAAGAGCUGCAGAACACAGCUGGCAGGCACGGGGACAGCCUCCGCAACACCAAGAUCGAGAUCCAGGAGCUGACCAGGAACGUCCAGAGGCUGAGGGCUGAGAUUGAGAGCGUGAAGAAGCAGAACCAUCAGCUGCAGACGGCCAUCGCCGAGGCCGAGGAGCGCGGGGAGAUGGCCCUGAAGGAUGCCAGGAGGAAGCUGGAGGAGCUGGAAUGUGCCCUGAGCAAGGACAAGGAGGAGCUGGCUCGCCUGCUGAAGGAGUACCAGGAGCUGCUGAACAUCAAGAUUGCUCUGGACGUGGAGAUUGCCAUGUACAGGAAGCUGCUGGAGGGAGAGGAGAACAGGCUCUGUGGAGACAACCCCUCCAACGUCAAUGUCUCCGUGGUCGGCAGAGGCAGCCUGGCCGGAGGCCGAGCCGGAGGCUUCGGAGCCUGCGGCGCCGCGGGAGGAGUCGGAGUCUGCACCCUCGGGGGAGGAAGCAUCGUGGGGGGCAGCUGUGGCCUGGGGGGAGGCCUCCUCAGCGCUGGCUUCUCCUCUGGGAGUGGAAGGGUUUGCAGCUCUGGGGGCAACUUUGUCUCAGGGGGGAGCUCCUCCUCGGUGCGCAGAUGUGUGACCACCACCACCCUCAAGUCCUCCGGCGUCAAGUACUGA